GCCCACCCAACAGCCAAUGUCCUAUAUUCUUUACUUUCUUCUUCAGCUUUCCAUCUAUCUUCAAACCCUAGUGAACCAAAAAAUCAAUACAAACAACUUGCAGAAAUAAAGAAAAGGCAAAAGCUUCAUUCUCAGUUGAGGAACAUGUUUUUACUCCACAAUCCAAAGCAACCGCACUAAUCUCCUUAUCCCACAAAUCAUCUCCUUCAACUUCUUACACACUUCAUCCAUGGCCGCCUUUCAUUUCUCUAACCCUUUCCCCUCACCCAUCAUUUCCAUCUUCCUAUUCUUCUUCCUCUUCUUCAAAUCCAUCCAUUCUCUUUCAUCCCCCUCAUUUUCCCUUUCUGGGUUUCACGGAGAUCCACAGUUUGAGCUGAAUGUUGCUCUGUACGGCGAUGCGGCUCUUGUCGGCGGCGGUGCUCUCCAGCUUGCCAGUUCUAGUGGUGGACGAAUCAUUUACAACAAACCGAUUAGGCUUCUUCGAGGUAAACCCAGGAGAUUGAUGUCUUUCUCUACAGAUUUCUCGUUUUCUUUGUCGCCAAAUACAGGGAAGAAUGGACUGGGUUUUGUUAUUGUUCCUAGUAGUUUUAAUGUUAGUGGUUUUGAUGAUGGACCAUUUGGGUUUCAUUUUGGAUCGGAGAUGAAACAGAAGUUAAAUAUGAUCCUUGUUAAGUUUACUACUUCUUCUGAUGCUGAAAAUGGUGAUCUGAUUAAAACUUUCGUGGGUAUUGAUGUGGGUUAUAAGAGUAAUAAAUCAUUAGCGGAUUCAGGCAAUUUUUCAAACAGUUCGUGGGCCUCAAUUAGAGGGAAGAAUUUACACGCUUGGAUAGAUUACCAGGUGGGUUCUAGGCAAUUAGAAGUAAGAUUAGCUGGAAACAGUAACAACAAAAGACCAUUUGCGCCAUUGCUUUCAUACCCAGUUGAUUUAUCUCAAAUUUGGGGAGAAAAUGAGGAAGUGUUGGUAGGUUUGAGUUCAUCAAAAGGGAACUCAUCCCAGCCAUGUUUGGUUUAUUCAUGGAACUUCAAGGUCAAGAGCAUACCAAAUUGGAUGCAUUCUGAGCCACUCGAUCCAAAGACAAUCGCUGUUGCGAGGGAGUCGGAACCGGAAAGUGUUGUUAAAGAGGAGGGGAGGAAUUGCUUGAUGAAAGUGGUAGCAGCCACGAUUUUUGGUACUGGAUGUGGGGCAUUGACAGCUUUUGUUGGAUUGUAUUUAUGGACAAUCUUUGGCAAUAGAAGGCCAGUGGUACCUGAGGAGUUUGCUGUGCAGCAGAUGGAUGUUAAGUACAAGAAAGUCGUGGUGUUGGAUAAAGCCAUUGAAGAUGACAAUGGUAAGAAGAACGUUGAUGUUUGAAUUUGAAAAGAAGGGAAAAGAAGAAAUUUGUGUUGUAAAAAUUCAAAUAUGUUUUUGUUUUGUUUUAUUGUAUUUGAAGAGGGAUUUUUUUUCUUUCUUUUUUGUGUUGUUGUAAUUUGGGUAUCAAUUGUCUAAAGAUGUAGUUUUUUUAGUUACAUUAUGUGCAAAUGGAAAGCCAUGCCAAUCUGGCUAAUUGUACUGUGAAUGUAAUUACCAAUUUAAUGGAACCAGUCCUUUUAACCCACCCCUCAAUCUGGGCUGAUUUCAACGGUGGGAUUUCUUUUA